AUGCCAAAUGCAACCACUCCGCCAGAGUCUUACGCAGCUCUCCCUUUCGAAAACAUAUCUGUCUCCAAUGUCCCAGAGACCUCGCCCUCCGUCACCAGGGUAGUCCUCCUAAUACUCAAUCGCCCACGCCAGUUCAACGCCGCGACAGCGCAAAUGAUCGAGGAAAUAAUCUCCGCAUACCAAUACUUCGACGUCGACGACCGCAUAAAAGCAGUGGUAGUAACAGGAUCGGGACCAGCAUUCUGCGCAGGUGCCGAUCUCCAAGUCGGAUUUUCCACCCUAAUCGAUGACUUAAAGAAGGACCCCUCGAAGAUUGAAUCUCACAGGGACGGAGGCGGACGUGUCACCCUAGCCAUCCACAAUUGCUCCAAACCCACCAUCAUGGCCAUCAAUGGACCUGCCGCCGGUUUCGGAAUCACCCUUACGCUCCCAGCAGCAAUCCGGGUAGCCUGUGCAAGCGCCAAGAUCAGUCUUGCUUUUUCGCGCCGCGGUCUAGCCAUGGAGGCCUGUAGUUCUUAUUUCCUCCCGAAGCUGGUGGGAAUGUCGCGUGCGCUGCACCUGGUCACGACUGGCGCUACCUAUGCUGCGUCCGACCCGUUGCUGGGCAAUCUUUUCUCAGAGGUAUUACCGACGCCGGAGGAGACGGUUGCGUCGGCGCUUAGGAUUGCGGGAGAGAUUGCUGCGAGUACUUCUAUAGUGAGUACGAAGGUGAUGCGCGAUUUGAUGUACAGAGCUCCUGGAAGCGCUGAGGAGGCGCAUUUGUUGGAAUCGAAGGUGUUUCUUGGUAUGUUGAUGUCCCGAGAUAGUGCGGAGGGCAUGAAGAGUUUUGUUCAGAAGAGAAACGCGGACUUUAAGGGGAAUAUGCUUCGUGAUGCGCCAUUUGGCUGGCCGUGGUGGAAGGCUGUUGACGCUGCUUCAACUGAGAACCGCAACGAGGGGGGGAAGGCUAAGCUCUAG